AUGAGGUCGAGGAUCUUAGUGUUCGUGGUUGCGAUCUUGGCUCUCUGCGUGUGCGUGUAUGGGAGGUCGAUUCCUCAACUCAGGACUAUCUACAUGGGAGAUUCAAUCUUCGACGUGGGCACAAACAAAUACGUGAAGAAUUCAGUUUCGCGCUGUGAUUUUGUGCCAUAUGGGGAGACGAGGUUUAGCAAGCCAUCCGGGAGGUGUAGCGAUGGGUUUAUAAUUCCAGAUCUGAUAAACAAGGCGAUAGGUUUGCCCUUUUCAAGACCAUUCCUGGGCUUGAAAGCUGGGAGGCAACUUCCACUAAGCAUCAACUUUGCUUCAGACGGCAGUGGUUUACUUGACUCGACUCACUCGGACUGGGGCGUUGUGUCGUUUAACGAGCAGCUAAAGCAGCUCACGCAGCUCUCCAAGAAGAAUCUCAAUCUCAAUGAAUUUGUGGUUGUGAUAUCUUCUGGUGGGAACGAUAUUGCAGCAAAUCUUCAAGACAUCGCUAAUGUUGACUUGAAAGCAAUGUUAAUGUCAUUAGAGAAAGGAUUGGAACAGCUAUACAAGUAUGGAUUUCGAAAGAUCGUCUACUCAAGUGUCGGGGCACUAGGGUGUUCACCUAUUGUGACCUCUGGAGGAAAAUGUGUGAGCGAGAUUAACAAUCUGGUGGAAGAAUUCAAUGUGCAAGCUCAGGGGAUUGUUUUAGGGGUGGCAAAGAGAUUUCCAGGGAUGAAAGGAACAUUUGUGGAUGGCUACUCUUUGAUCAAAUCAUACGUGGAGAACCCAAAGAGGUUUGGAUUUAAGCAUGCCGGCGGUUGUUGCCCCAACUGCCUUUCACAAAAGAACACAUUUAGUGGGCUGUGCAAGAAUCCAAGCGAUUACGUCUUUUGGGAUAUAAUACACCCAACUGAACACACGUAUAUGCUCUUAGCCAAGGAAUUCAUAAAGAAAAUCAUACAAGAUCAACAGAAUUUGGGAGGCUACUGUUGUUGUUUGAAUCGAAUCGUACUCCGCGUCGCCAUUGCCAUCAGCGACAUAGCCUCCCUCAAUAACGACAGAGAACUGGCAACUCUUACGAGGAAAGAUGGAUCUGAAGUUCGAUCCAGCCUCCAAGACGAGCGACCUCCUGCCGUGAUCGAGUUUGGAGUUCUUAUCACCACCACCAUGCACAUCGCUCAUCUCGUCCUGUAUGACUAA